UCAAUGGCUUCGCGUUCCACUUUGAUCCUGUUGUGUUGAAAUAAUAUUUACUGUUACUGAUAUAUAGGUUUACUUAUAUUUAUUCGGACUUAGCAUAUUUUCUUUGGAAUAUAGUUAUGUCAGAGGAAAUUAAAUGACGUGGCUUUUAAGCAAAGUGCAAGAAGAGUAACGGACGGUUAACAAUUAGAUGGUCAAAGACGAGCCCCUUUAUAUAGGCCAUUUUGUCGCUCGUCGUGCUUCAAAGUGGUUGUUCCAUCAGGGGCAAACGUUUCUAUCCGGGGCACUAUUCAUCAGAGCAAAGCUCGGAAUUUUAAAAUUUUUCGAAACGUUCAACCGAAAUGGUUCAGCAAAGAUGGGUCGUCCUAUGAUGGUUAUGUAAAAUCUCAUAAAAGUGAAAGCGAAUGUAGGACAUUCGCCGUAGGAAGUAACGGUGAUUGAGCUCAACGCAAUUUAAUUGCUUUGAGUUUUAGUUCAUUACUACUUGAGAAAAAUGUCACAGAUCAUAGAAAUCGUCAAGAUCGAAACUCCCAUUCUGUUACAGAAUGAUGGGCAACCUGUUUCAUUUGUUUCUGAUAACUCUGGAGACGAGCCAAUGAUAUUUUCUGUUGAGGAAGAUUCCAAUAGUGCAACAGAUUUAUUGACUUCAAGUGGAGAAAUGACGCACAUUACUAUGGAUUUUGAGUGCGUAACUUGUCACCGUAUUUUUCAAGAUGAAGAGAUGCUAAAGGAACAUAUUAAUGUAUGUAGAGAAGAAGAUGAUAACGCACUUUUAGAAUUAGACAAUUUAGAUAAUUAUGAUUCCAACGAGGAUGACAUAGAUGACCCAAGUCCUCAAAAUAUAAAAAAUAACAAUGAAAAAUUAACGAUCAAACCUGUAUCUGAAAAUCAAUGCCACUGUUGUGCAGAAAAUUUGGCUACUGCACAUACUGGAGGUGAAUUCAAAUGCCCACAUUGCGACUUUUUUUUUAAGAAGUCAACUUCAUUGAACAGACAUUUAGUGGUAAUCCACUGGGAGAAUAAUCAUUGCAAAUGCAAAGAAUGUGGGUCUGUAUUCCGUGACAAAAAAUCUUUGGAUAAACAUCGAUAUACUACCCAUGCUAAGGAUAAAGUCUACAAGUGUGAACCAUGUGAUAAAUAUUUCUCUAGAAGUUACCAUUUAAAUCGGCAUAAAAUGCAUUCUGGUUGUCAUGGUAAUGUUUCUGAUGGCUUUUCAUGUCAAGUUUGUAAUAAGACAUUUACACGCAAGGAUAAUUUACGGGAACACUUGCGCACUCACGUAGGAACUGUUCUGCGACAAAAGAAAUCAUGUAAAUUUUGUAGUAAGGAAUUUUAUACUACUCAGCAGUUAACGAUUCAUGAACGUAUGCAUACUGGAGAGCGACCUGUAAAUUGUGAUCUGUGUUCAAAGACAUUUUCAUCCCGAUUGGCUAUGAAAAAACAUCGGCGUGUUCAUACUGGAGAAAAGCCUUUCCAAUGUAAAUAUUGUCAGAGGAAAUUUGGUGCACGUGAGACAUUGAAACGACAUCAACGCACACAUACUGGUGAGAAACCACACGUUUGUCAACACUGUGGUAAAUCGUUCAUUCAAGCUGCACAGUUAAAAGCUCACAUCUUUCACCAUACUGGGGAAAAUGGCUUUUACUGUGAUAUUUGCGGAAAGGCAUAUAAUCGUAAAGCCCGACUAAAUUUGCAUGUGAAAUUUGUACACGAAGGAGCAGUACCUUUCCAAUGUAAAAUAUGUGAUAAACCAUUCAACAGAAAAGAAGAUUUAGUCAAACAUACUUUUCUUCACUCUGGAGUAAAACCACAUAAAUGUGAAAAGUGCGGGAAAAGCUUUGCCAUAAAAUCGUCAUUGCAAGCCCAUUUAAAUACACAUCGUCAUGAACCGCCACAAUCAUGUGCUGAAUGUGGUCGUGCUUUCAUUAGACAAGAUUGUCUUAUGAGACAUAUCAAAGCAAAACAUCGAGAUCUCCUUCAAAGUGUAAUGGGUGAAACUGAAAAGCGACGCUUGGAAACUCAGUUGUUUACUAUUGCCUCGUAUGCUGCAGAAAAACUAAAAGCUGGAGAGUCUAAUACUUUGUCCACUGACCAACUCCUGAAGUCUAUUGUAGACCUGCUCGUAAUGCUCAUUGAGGAAGACACAUUACAAAUGUUUGGUUGGCCCGAUGCACCGAUUCAAGACGUUUUGGAAGCGGUAAUUAGACGUUGCGGACACCAACCAUUAACAUCGGAUAGUGAUAUGCCAUUUGCUGAUAGACUGCGGCACAAUGUUAAGCUCUUAUUUGCAGCUGUCGUUGAUGACGAAACGGUUAAGUCGUUAUUAACAACGCAGACUGUAGAUGAAGUUAUGAUGCAUAUCUUGAGACUUUCAAAAGAAUCUUCAAAAAGUUGAUUCAAUGUCUACAUGUAAAUUUCAUUAGCGUUAGAUACGCUGUUUUUAACGAUUAAUUAUAUUGUGCAUUUUGCUUUCACCAGUUGAGUGUAGGAUAUAGAUUUUCUUUGCAAACAGCUAAUGUUUUUGCAUAGUUUUCCUUUAUUAAGGUGGAACAUGUAUCAUCCAAUUUAUGCAUAUUUUUCUAUAGUCCAACUGUAACUGUUUUAAAUUGCAUUGGGCUUACAGUCAGCAGUAGAAUCUAAAUACGUUCAAAGCGGUAAUUUGUACGUUUUUAAUUCAAGAAUCAUCUACUUUUUAUAUAUUUUCUCUUGAUUUGCAUUUAAUUCCUGUUAAUUCUGUAUUACUUUAGUAAUGUUUUCUCAAAGUCUAAAAUGAUUUAAAUCCUGGUACAUAAUUUUUGUUAUCCCAUAUUUAUGUCUUAUGUAACUCGAUUAGUUGUUUUGUUUAAUAUGAAUUUAACUCUGAUAGUAUGAACAGUAAUAGUUAUUAUAUUUUGAUGUUAUGACUCUAAAAUUCUGCUGUAGAGUUAAAGCUUUCAUAGAUCAUUGUUUUUCACACAACUCGAAUAAGUCGAUGCACUAGAUACACAGUAUUUCAUUAUAAAAGAACAAGUGGUUUCGGUAUGUAGUACUGAAUUAAUCCUUAUAGUUUUUCACAAUUUCGUAAUCACAUUUCUGGUAACUUGAUAUGUAAGUUAUAUACAAAUAAAAUGAUAGGUAUGUUUAUUAUUGUUGUGAGGACGCGAAGAAUAGUUGAUUAUAUAAUAAGUAAAUACUACAUUAUUUCUUGAAUCAUGUACAACUACUUAAUACAAUAAUUUACUUUUGAA